CGUCCUCACGUCUAACAUGAUACACUCUUCUUUUACCCACUUGGCAACAUUUAUCUAUUUGUAAAAAAUUAUUCCUCAUUUUAAUGUCUAACUGCUGAUUAUGCCCCAAUGGUAUCCGUCCAAAGAUUAUAUUCUCUUUGUUAGCAUAUAUGAUUGAGGCGGCAGAACAGAGAAAGGCAGGCAGGCAACCUCUAAUUAAGUCCUUAUUAUUUCGUCUCACCUGCUGCUGCUGCUUCCAUUUUGGGCAGGGAAGGGGCGAAGUAACUGCCUUACUGGAGCAGUCUUAUAUGGAAAGGAACUGUCUGCCCUACUUUGAUCCUGAAUAUGAGACACUAAGCAUCAGAAUAAAUCCUCCAAGGGUGUCUGUGGACAAUAUUAGCUGCGAGGAUUGUACCGUAGUGAAGGUUGACAGUGUCAACAAACCAGGAAUACUUCUAGAUGUUGUGCAAGUCUUGUCAGAUUUGGAUCUCAUUAUCAUCAAAGCUUACAUAUCUUCUGAUGGCAGGUGGUUCAUGGAUGAUCUGAGUUGUUCUAUCAACAGUUUUUCAUGUCACCGACCAACAUGGCAAUAAAGUUACAGAUGGAAACACUAUUUGCUGUAUUGAAAAGGCUCUUGGGCCAAUGGGUUACACAUCAGAUGUCUUAAGGACUUGGCCAGGGAAAAAUGCGGGAGUGAACUCUCUGGUGGGAGAUUACACUGCAAUUGAGCUUACAGGAAGGGACCGUCCAGGUCUUUUAUCAGAAAUAUCAGCUGUCCUUGCCAAUCUCCGCUUCAAUGUGGUUGCAGCUGAGGCCUGGACACAUAACCAGCGCGUGGCAUGUGUUCUUUAUGUGAAUGACAACAAAGCCAUGGAUGAUCCAUCGAGAUUGUGUGUCAUCGAGGAGAAGCUCAGAAACAUUUUCCGGGGGCCAUGUGAGGCGGAUGAUACAAAUGCAGCUCAUUCAUGUGUUUCCAUGGGUAAAACUCAUGUUGAUCGGAGGCUGCAUCAGAUGUUCUUUGCUGACCGGGACUAUGAAACCUGCACUUGCGUUGACGAUGUGACUCCAGAUUCUCCUUCAUCUAAACCAAACAUCAUGAUUGAUCAUUGUGUGGAGAAGGAUUACUCUGUAGUCAAUGUUAGGUGCAAAGACAGGUCAAAGCUUAUGUUUGACAUAGUGUGCACCCUAACAGACAUGAACUAUGUUGUUUUCCAUGCGGCUAUCUCAUCUGACGGUCUUUACGCAUCACAGGAAUACUAUAUACGCCACACGGACGGAUGCAGUUUGGUGACGGACAGGGAAAAGGAGACGAUUAUCAAGUGUCUUGAAGCUGCCAUUCAACGUAGAGUAAGUGAGGGCUUGAGGCUGGAACUAAGUGCAAAGGACCGAGUAGGACUACUUUCUGACGUCACAAGAGUUCUCAGAGAAAAUGGGCUCGUGGUCACUAGAGCAGGUGUCUCAACAGUUGGGGAACAAGGUGUUGAAGUCUUCUAUGUUAGAGAUUCAUACGAUGGAAAUAGUCCAGUAGACAUGAUGGUUAUUGUUGAACGCCUUCGCAAAGAAUUUGGGCAGAGGAUGAUGCUUAACGUGAAGAAAGUCCCGACGUCUGUAAAGGUUCCUGAUCAGACUAGUGCUGGCUGGGCUAAGGCUGGCUUCUUUCUUGGGGGCUUACUCGGAAAGUUCCGCCAUUAGAAGUUUGUCCAUAAGAUUGAGCUUUGGCUGUAUAUUCUAACUUCUAUAUAGCUAUUGUAAACUCUAUAUAUAUAUUCCCAAUAAACUUUGCUUGUUUAGUAAUUACUGCUAAGCAUCUAUAGUCGACACAAUUCCUUUUUGUUCUCUUUCUUUGAGUAUCGAGUUCUC